AUGGCUUCUCGCGACGGCGCCGCCACUUUCCAAGUCUACCGGCCCAUGCCCGCGCCGUCGCCGGCCCCGCCGCCGAUGUCUCUGGCGGCCGCAGCCGCAGCUCCAGCCGCCGCCGACGCCGCGGCGCCCGCGCCGAAGAAGGCGAAGAGCCCGGGCGGCGCGGGCAAGGACCGGCACAGCAAGGUGAACGGGCGCGGGCGGCGCGUGCGGAUGCCGAUCGUGUGCGCGGCGCGCGUGUUCCAGCUCACCCGCGAGCUCGGGCUCAAGUCGGACGGGCAGACCAUCGAGUGGCUGCUCCGCCAGGCCGAGCCCUCCAUCCUGGCGGCCACGGGGUCCGGCAUCACCCCGGCCGUCUUCUCCUGCUCCUCCGCCCCGUCCACCACCUCCGCCUCCGGCGGCGCCGGCGCCGGCGCCUCCCUCACGCUCCUCGGGAAGCGCCCGCGCGAGGAGGAGCACGAGGCGGCGGCGGCGGCGCCGCCGUUCUGGGCGAGCCUGCAGGCGCGGCCCGUGGCGGCGGUGUGGGGCCUCUCGCCCGCGCAGGAGGCGGCGGCGCAGGCGUACGCGUCGGUGGCGGCGCAGGGCCACCACCACCUCAACCUGCUCUCCGUGCUCUCCGGCGCCACGAGGCCGUCAGAGGAGGAGUCCCGGUGA